AUGAGGAGUGUGCAGCCGCAGCGGAAGGUAGACAAAAGGAGUCCGGAGUAUGUCAUGAAGACCGGCUUUGCGGGGGGGAUGGCCGGGUGUGCUGCCAAAACCGUCGUCGGACCAUUAGACAGAGUAAAAAUCCUCUUCCAGACCUCCAACCCCAACUUCGCGAAAUACGCUGGCUCAUGGACGGGCGUCCCCAUCGCCAUGAAAGACAUCUACCUAACUAGCGGCAUCCGCGGGCUCUUCAAAGGCCAUUCUGCAACCCUGCUCCGCAUCUUCCCCUACGCCGGCAUCAAAUUCCUCGCAUAUGAACAAAUUCGCGCCCGCAUCAUCCGCAACAAGCACCAAGAAACCCCCAGCCGACGCUUCAUCUCCGGCUCCAUGGCAGGCAUGGUCUCCGUCUUCUUCACCUACCCCCUCGAAGUCAUCCGCGUACGCCUCGCCUUUGAAACCCGACAGACGCACCGCUCAACCCUCCGCUCCAUUUGCCGCAAAAUCUACAACGAGCAUCCCCCGCCAACAAUCCACCACCCAUCCAACCCUGUUUCCGCAACCGCUGGUACUGUUUUUGAACACGUAACCCUGCGCCACGGUCUCUCGAACUUCUUCCGCGGAUUCACGCCCACGCUCCUCGGCAUGCUGCCCUACGCCGGCGCGAGUUUCCUCGCCCACGACACCAUGUCUGAUUUCAUGCGCCACCCGCUCCUGGCGCCCUUCACCACCCUACCCAACACCUCGCGUGAAGAAUCCGCAACCACAGACCACAAACCCGCACAACUGCGGUACUGGGCCGAGCUCGGGACGGGCGGGUUCGCCGGGUUUAUCUCGCAGACGGUGUCGUAUCCACUUGAAGUCAUUCGGCGGAGAAUGCAGGUAGGGGGUGUGGUGGGUGACGGGCAUCGGCUGAGUAUUGCGGAGACGACGAGGAGGAUUUGGUUGGAGCGGGGAUGGAGGGGAUUUUUUGUCGGGUUGACGAUUGGGUAUGUUAAAGUGGUGCCAAUGGUGGCGACGAGCUUUUAUGUGUAUGAGAGGGGGAAGUAUUAUCUGGGGAUUUGA